GCGGGAACUUGCUCAAAAUGGCGGCCGAAGGCGAAAUGGAAGAAUUGAGGGAACAGCUCUUCAACGUUGAAGUGACUGACGAUAACCUUUUGAAAAGAUUGAUUCAAAUCAGUCGAAACAGUGACCUCUCAUUGGCCCAGGUUGCUGAUGAGUGGACCAGCUUCUCAUCUUCAAAAUCUCUUCAACUUGACUUGGACAAUAUAGAAACAUUUUCCUUAUCGUUAUCGUCUCGCCAACAAAAGCCCCAGAGUUCUUUCCAGACCACACCCACUUCAACCCAACGCUACACUAAAGACAAUCUUCACUUGUUAUUUAACUCUGGUAGUAGAGAAAAAUAUGCUAAUGAUGACGACCAAGAAGAUGUAAUGAGUGGAUAUAUUGAUAAAAUAGGAGGAGAAGGUUUGGCAAAAGUGGGAGGAGUCAAGAGAGAGGCUCCGCCCUUGCCCGUGAUUAGUCCGGCCCCUAAGAACAGGUACUCAAGUGGUAGGACUCCAGUUCGUAAUGAGGAACCAUCCGUCUCUCAAAUGUUAGACACGCCCUCUACCAAUUAUCGUAGUACCCAGGCCAGUGGUAAGGUAAUAGCCUCGUUCAGUCAGGGGGCGGAGAAGUGGGUGGAGUCUAAAGGGAUUGAGAAUAUACGCUAUCGUGAUACAGCUGGUGUUAGAUUGAAACGAUUAAUGUAUCAACCGCCACUACAGAAGAGAUCAGUAAUGGCUGAAAGGAUUAUUUCACUUGGUAAUAAGAUAUGUCAACAAAUUGGAAUUAAAGAUAUUCGUAGCACGAGUCUCUUAACGGGCCCCACUACAGAACCUUCUGUCUUUAUUGGUAGGGUUGUCUGUGACAGUGAGGGACGUCUCAACGCCCACUCAUGUCUCCUUGAGGGGGUGUGGUCGUACGAGGCUGACAUAUUGAAGGCAAGGCUUGUUAGGGUGGUCCUUGACUUGAGCAAAUCAUCAGAACAACUUUCAAUCUGUCUCUUCCCAGGACAGAUCAUUGCAGUUGAGGGAACUCUCAAUCACAGUGGGGUCCUGGCCCCUACCAAGAUUCAUGAUAGUGGAGCUCUUCCUCCACUUCCUUCAGUUAGGAAUUCACUAGUACACAAAGUUAAUGUAGGGACUGGCGGUCUGUCCUGUAUAAGUGCAGCUGGUCCAUUCACUUUCAUGGAGUCUCUCAAUCUGUCACCACUGCUUGACCUGUUGCAAGUCGUUGAAACUCAAAAACCUAAACUGCUUAUAUUAGUCGGUCCUUUCAUAGAACACUCUCAUCCUUCAGUUAAGAAUGGAAAGCAGUUUGAGGAUUAUGAUAGUUUUGAAACUUAUUUUGUAACUCAAAUACUUCAGCCGAUUCAUGCCACCUGCUUAAAAUCUAAUACGAGAGUGCUGAUACUCCCAGCACAGAAUGACGUCUGUCACUCGUUGAUGGUCUAUCCCCAACAACCUUACCUUUUCUCUGACGCCAUCAGUAAUGAAGUGGGUAACGUAAUCUCAAUGUUACCUGAUCCAUAUACUGUUCAUUUUGACGGUAUCAACAUUGGAAUAUCAUCAGUAGACGUUCUCUUUCAUCUUUCAUCAAGUUCCUUAUCAAUUGGUACGAAUCACGGCGACAGAAUGGCCAGACUUUUGUCUCACAUUUUACAGCAGCAAUGUUAUUACCCUCUCUAUCCACCUUACCUGAAAGAAGACACAGUUACCAAGGCAACAAGCACCGCCCACUCUACAGGAAACUAUCUUGAAAACCUCCCAGAGGUCAAUAUUGAUUUGCAGCUGGCCUAUGGUGACAGUGAUACACCUGGACUAGCUUGUUUGAACGUAUUGCCAGAUAUUUUAAUACUUCCAUCAAAACUGAAACCAUUUAUUAAGAAUAUUAACGGCUGUCUUUGCAUCAAUCCCGGCCAUUUUGGAAGGAAAGGAACUUACACUAAACUCACUGCAGCUGUUUCUGCUCCAGCUGGAAAAGAUGUCGAUAAAUCCGCCCAAAUUAUUCAUAUUUAAACAACCUUUUUCAUUUAUUAUACAAAAUAAUAUAUAG